AGAACACCGACUUGACGUGAUACGAUUCUCACCGGUGCGGCCUCUUUACCCUCCAGAAACCUUCUACUCUCCCGUCUUUGCCACAUCCCCAAAUCCAUCCACCAGAGUUUUCUCAUUCGCCGCUCGCGGACAUGGAGACCUCUCCCGCAAACCGACUCCCGGAAGCGGACUCGUUGCCAGACGGCUUCGUCGAGAGCUCCGCCGAGGCCCCGGCGGCGCCGGAGUAUAAGGACGCGUCGCCGGAUCUUGGUCCCUCCGGCGAGCAGGGAGACGGAUCUUCGCUCUCCGGCGCGGCCAAGACCCUAAAUAUCGACAGCGUAGCGGAUGGGCUGGGAAAGUGGACAACAUCCACUGAUAUAUCGUUACAGAAAGAGAUGGGAGUGGAAGAUAGGAUCUCGAUGCCUAAACCAGGCAAUGAUCCCUUGGAGAAGACGAAGGAGAUGAACGAGAUCUCGGUGGCAUCGUCUGCAGAAGAAAGCCCAGGGGACUGCCAGUCUUCUGAAGAAGGGUGCUUGGAGUUACACACCACAAAUUUGAAGGAGAGGUGCUCCAUAGAAUAUGCUGAUAGUUUAAAACAUCAAAAGGAAAAUGCUGAAACAAAACGUAAAGCUGUAAAGCGUGGCAUAAAGUCAGAAAAAGACCUAUUAGAGUUUACUUUGAAUUAUCAGAAAGUUAUAGCAGAAAGAGACGCAGCUGUUGCUGUUCGAGAAAGGCUUGAGUCACUUUGUCGAGAGCUGCAGCGUCAGAAUAAGAUGCUCAUGGAUGAAUGCCGAAGAGUAUCAACUGAGGGACAGAAUAUGAGACUAGACUUGUCUACAAAAUUUAAUGAUGCAAUCAAGGAUGUAAGCAUUAAGCUUGAGGAGCAGAAAGAUGAAUGCCUUUCUCAACUCAGGGAGAAUGAGAUGCUGAGAAAUAAGUUAAAGCAACUUGCAGACCAAUAUGCUCUCUCUGAACAACAGUUUGCCCAAAAAUUGAAACAGAAAACACUGGAACUUCAGCUUGCUGAUCUGAAAAUUCAAAAACAACAAGAGAAGUCUGCUCAAGAACAGACCCAGAUGCAAUUGUAUGCGGAACAAGUUGCGCAACUUAUGGCCACUGAGAAGAGUUUGCGUUUACAGCUUGUGGCUGAUGGAGAAAAAUUUCAGCAAUUUCAGGAGGCUUUGUCAAAAAGCAACGAGGUCUUCGAAGCAUUUAAGCAGGAGAUGGAAAAGAUGGCAAAGUUGAUAAAGGAACUUAAGAAGGAAAAUGAUUUUUUAAAGAGCAAGUGUGAGAAGUCAGAUAUUGCCCUUGUGAAGCUUGUUGAGGAGAUACCUGGAUCCUAUGCAUAAUUUUGCUUACAGCGCGAACUUAUGAAGAAACAGCUAGAAAAAGUGAAGAAUCAGAAAGAGAAGCUCGAAUCUUUGUGUCGAUCCCUACAGGCAGAAAGGAAACAAAAUUCAGUUGGCAGCAGCACAGAUCCAGUUAUUAUGCAAGUGAAAGGAGCUUCAGCAAAUGAAGAUUCCCAAAGCUAAUGGACUCGGGCAGUUCUCGCCAGCAAAAGGUUGCCUGAAAUUUUAGAUUAUCAGUGUAAGAAUAUAAGCCUAUAGAGCAAAAGACAGUAUUCAAGGAGCUCUCACAUUUCAUUAUGUAUUGAGAUUGUUUUGCAAAUCGAUUAUAUUAUGGGGAAGAUUUCUCAAUGGGAAAAAUGAGAGUGGAUUUUUUUGGGACAGCCGCAUUCAUAUAGUGAAAUCUGCUUGAUUUUUUUUUA